AAGCUCAUCUAAUUGUUCCCAUAAACAGUCUCUCCACUUUUUCUCCCUCACAAAAACCACACCCUCAUAAACCUCGUCCCCUCUGUCUGUCUGUCUGUCUGUCUCUGAAAUUCAGCCAUGGCCGACUUGUUUGGCAGCUGGAAUUCCCGAAUUCGGAUCUCGAUUAUCAUCUUGUUUGUGGGUUUCUGUUCUUCCUGUUGCUGCAGCAAUUCUCGCAAAGAUUCGUCUUCUAUUCACUCGCUCCUGCGCUCCAUGGGGCUGCCGGCAGGGCUGGUGCCCAAGCAAGUGAAAUCUUACACAUUGGGUGAAAAUGAUCGGCUGGAAGUGUACUUGGAUGGGCCAUGUAUGGCCAAAUAUGAAAACAGAGUGAUUUUUGAAAGUGUUUUUAGUGCUAAUCUUAGCUAUGGGAGCUUGAUUGGAGUUCAGGGUAUGUCUCAGGAAGAGCUCUUUCUAUGGCUGCCGGUUAAGGAUAUCAUUGUUAAUGAUCCUUCUUCUGGUGUCAUUCUUAUUGACAUUGGUGUCGCGCAUAAACAGCUCUCUUUGUCUCUCUUUGAAGAUCCUCCUGAUUGUAACCCUCAAGCUGCACUGAGGAAUCCUCUGAGGAAGAGAAGAGACUUUGAAUCUCUUAGAUAAGAGGCCAAAA